CUGGAAUCUGUGCAGUGUUUUUACUUAGAAUCGUGUUGUUUGCUGUACGAAUUGAUUAAACAAGUGAGGACGAGAUGUCGUGGUUCAGAACUGCAGUGAGCAAGGCGGUGGAGGCGGGGAACAAGAACAACUUCACGCGCAACAUCAAGAGUGCUGCCGACACCUUCGUUCACCAUGCCGGCCAGGCCGUAGCUGAAGGAGCCAAAAUAUUGCAAGAUCACAUUGUAGCUAGGAAUGUCAGAAGUGUAAAGCAAACGAUUAGAAGACUGGAGGAAGCAGCCGUGUCUUGUAGAGGUUCUGAGAGAGUUCUGUUGCUGGGAAGAUGGUUGGCUGCACUUAAAGAAGUUGAAAAGUUUUAUGAAGGUUCAUCUGAGGAUAAACAAAUGAAUCUGGAAGAAAUUAUUGAAUCUGAAGAAGCAAAAGAGAACCCAACAAGACCUGUUUUGGUGUUGUAUUACGAUGAGGAUGUUGGGGGUUUGCCAAUGAGUUUCCGUGAGGUUUUUCUUCAAAGCCAAGCCUUGGAGGCCAUAACAAUAUCCAUGAUUCUUGAAGCACCAAAUGAUGAAGAAAUUAAUCUGCUUCUGGAGAUGUUCCGGCUUUGCCUUAGUGGAGGGAUGGAAGUUCACAAUGCUAUAGUGAGCAGCAUACAGGAUCUUGCUACAGUUUUUUCCAGCUACCAAGAUGAAGUGUUGGUGAAGCGUGAAGAACUGCUUCAAUUUGCACAAAGUGCUAUAACAGGGUUGAAAAUCAAUGCGGAUAUUAUAAGAAUGGAUGUUGAAGCAUCUAAUUUAAAGAAAAAACUUGAUGGAAUUGGUAGCCUCCAGAAAUUGCCAAAUGAAGGCCAAGAGAAUGCACCUGAGAGUACUCUGACUGUUGAGGCUCUGAAAGAAGCUCUUGCACAAAUUCGGAUUUGUUCCAGAUUGGAAGGCAUUUUACUGAAAAAGAAACUUCUAAACAAUGGAGACUCUCCAGAGGUUCAUGCCCAGAAGGUUGAUAAGUUGAAGGUCUUAUCAGAAUCUCUGGCUAACUCCAGUUCAAAAUCUGAGAAACGCGUUUCAGAACAGAGACUUCAAAAAGAGGAGGCAUUAAAAGUUCGUAUGACAAAAGCAACUGAAGCUGAUGAAAGAGAAAAGGAAAUAGCCGCAGAAAUUUCAGAGCUUGAAAAGCAGAGGGAUGAACUUGAAGCUGAACUGAAAAAGGUUAAUAUCUCACUAGCUGCUGCUAAUGCUCGUUUGCGAAAUGCAAGGGAAGAAAGAGAUCAGUUUGACGAAGCUAACAAUCAGAUUGUUGCCCACUUAAAAACAAAGGAAGAUGAACUAUCAAAAUCUAUCAUUGCAUCUAGGGCAGAAGCGGAGGUUCUUAGUACUUGGAUUAAUUUUUUGGAAGAUACUUGGGUACUUCAGUGCUCAUAUGCAGAAACUAGGAACAAGCAAGUCAGGUAUAGACAUGAGGAUUAUUUUGUUAACUUGGCCCUUAGUCUCCUCUUUGCUUAUAAGGAAGAGUUGGGUCCUUCCAUCAUCCAUAUUGAGAAAUUUGUUGAGAAUCUGAAGAAGCUAAGUGAGAGGUCAGAGAUGACACCUAUAGUAGGUAAUGAGGAUUCUAAAGAAUUAAAUCCAAGGAAACAUCUUGAGGAGGAAUAUCUUGAAAAUGAAGCCAAGAUUAUAACCACCUUCAGUGUUGUGGAUAACAUGAAAGAGCUGUUUUAUUCUCAGCAUGGGGCAAGUUCCAGGAAGGAUGAUGCAAGGAUCAAAGAGCUAUUUGAUGAAAUUGAGAAGUUAAGAGGGAAGUUUGAAUCUAUUGAGCGGCCAAAUUUAGAAAUCGAAGCGCCACUGCCAGAGGCUUAUUCUCCAUCUAGCCAGAAAGCACCAGCAAGCCCAUCUGCUGCCCCAAAAUUGCCGACAACUCUAAAAUCUGAUAGAGAGGCAAAUACUGAGAAUCCUGCAGCCGAGGCAGAGCUCGUACUAGAUCAUGAAGUGGAAAUAGCAAAACUAGAGUCCGAGUUUGGGAACUCUGGUCGAGACUACUCAACUGAAGAGAUCGGUGGCUGGGAAUUUGAUGAACUUGAAAGAGAGUUAACAGCUGGCGAGUGAUUCAGCUCCAAGCAAAUAACUAAAUAAACUGUGGAAACCGCUAGUCUUAGUUUUAACACAGGCAGGCGUGUGUGGUACGGUGAUGUGUACGGGUACCUGCCAAAAAGUUGCAUAACUACGUUAACAUCUGUAUUGAGUUUCCAUUUGUUUAUUCUUCUGUACAUACUUAAAAAUUGUUGUAAAAUGGAAUCGACGAAACCAAUGAACAAUAUGACCUCUUUGUUAAAAUUUCGAAGAAAACCAAAUUCCAAAG